AUAUGGGUCACCAUGAUUAUCCGUGGUCUUCCAAUGCCCUGGCUGAGAGCAAAAUUACAAAAGUUCUUAAAUUUGCUCAUAGUUAACAAAGCAUGUAACCCGUAGACAUACCUGUUUUUCCAAAUUGUUGAAGAAGUUAGUGGUAAGACUGAAAAGUAUAAGCCAUAAUUAAUUUAAAGACCGGGGAUAUCCAAGCAAAAAUAGAUAAUACAACAAAAAGAGCUAGUGUUGCAUUGUGUGUAGAUUCAUUGAAAAUUCCAACAGCUAUAAAAAAAGGAAAAAUUGAUAAAGGUAGUUCGGGUGAAGUGAAUGAUACUGCACCAAGUGGGAUGGCGUUUCGCAGUUUUUUACCAAACACUGGGUCCUUUUUCUUGGCUACUGCCGAGCAUUUCUUUCAGGCAUCAGCAGCUAAUAAGCUUUGUAGGAAAGUUUUAAGAAGCAAAGAUGCUAUAGAAGCAGAGCAGAAAAGACAACAAAAUACAAACAAAUAUAUUAUUCAUCCUUUUAGUAAGUUCAGAUGGUUUUGGGACCUUUUCAUGGUGGCAGUAUUAUCUGUAACAUUGAUAAUCCUGCCUGUCAACAUUGCCUUCUUCCCAAAUGAUCCAGACUCACACUGGGAAGGCAUGAACAUUGCAGUAGAUGUCAUCUUUUUUAUAGAUAUAAUUCUCAACUUCCGCACUGGAUAUAUCAGAAGUGAAACAGAAGAGGUCAUAUUGAGCAGUAAGAAAAUUACAAUUAACUACCUGAAAACCUGGUUCUUCCUAGAUUUCAUUUCUACAGUUCCAUUUGAUUAUUUUUUCCUUGCUUCAACUGGGACAGCAUCCAGAGCUUUAAAUGCACUCAGGAUGCUGCGGUGA